AAAAGUGGACAAAAGGCAACUGGUGCUAGAUCGUGUUGGGACAGGGCUAAUCGAGCAAUAUGAUAGUUAAAAGGCCCCGGCGCAGUAUCAGUUUUAUAAACGCUUUUCAAUCACUGUCUUUGGGGACCUUAUCAUAAAGCCUUGAUUGUGUUCCGGCAACCCUUCGGCCUUUCUGAACUUAACUUCUAUAUAAUUGUGACAUAAUUUGUUAUAAUCAUUUCGUCAAUUGGGAAAUUUUGGCGGAAGAUUGAUUUCGAAAGAUGGCUUAUACGAUUUCGGCAUCAAAGACAAGAUAUAAACCGAUCCAAAAACACGAACAACACGAAAUUUCAUUUGCCCCGCAAGGAGUUGAAUGCUUUGUAAAAGUCACAAUGGGGUGUGUUAGCCACAGUUAAAAGCAUAGCAUUGUGAGAAAAGUCCCUUUAUCUAAUUUAAUGAAUUUGAAUAACUUAGAUAAAUAUUUUACCGUCUGUCGCUCAUAUCAGAUCAAAUCAAAUUUUAUAUGGAUUGAGUACAACUUGAGUACAAGUUUUUCUAGCAUGCUCAAGAUGUGUGGAAAACUGUUAUGAAGAAGAUCGCAUUUACCAAUAUAGUUUGCUGCUGCCUUUAUUAUUCUGCGCUGCAAUUUUUUCAAAAGGAACUUUCAGAUCUAUCGGACAGUAAAAUGUCGUUCGUUACGGUGAAGUUUGGAAAUAACCAGAAGGCCCUGUUCAACCCAAACUGCAAGACGGCUGUGCUGCUUGAUGACAUCAAAAAGCGAUGCCAGUGUCACGAUGCUUCAAUUCUAGAUGUGAGUGAUGAAAAGGGCGAAAUCAAAUACCUACAAGACCACAUUCAAGACUACGCGACAGAAAUACUAAAGGGAAGAGAGAUUUUGAUUCUUCUGGAAAUGAGCACAAACAAGGAAACAAAGGAGGUCACAUACUUACCACUAUUAAAGAAUAUGAAGAAACUGUAUCCAAACGUGAUUGAACGAUGGUCAAAUACAACCAACAACAAUGAAGAUCAAGCAAAUGAUGCCAACCAAAAGACAGGGACAACUUCUCAAAGGCAGAGACAUGCUUCUCAAAGCAACAGUUUACAGCCUCAACAGAGAAGUAAAAAGCUUAGUAUGGAGCACCCGAGGCGUAGAGCGAACUCUGAUAGAUCGCCAGUCAAGUCAUUGAAAACUUGAUAGCAUGGUUAUCCUAUAUUUUUAACAAAAGGCAUAUAGAUACAUAAAAAAUGCCUCAAAUCUUGUUAAGAAAAAACUAAACUUACCUAAGCAAAAUGUUCAUGUUAAAGACUCCUUUUUCCAAGUAACUGUUUCCAGCUAACAGGAAAAUUAAAUCAUCCUUUCGAUUCACAUAACGUGGAAUUUUAUUUCGACCUUGUCAGUCUUCAAAGUUUAUGGGGCGGUCUCAACUUGAUCGAUUUGAAUCAAAAAUAGAACUCAAGCCAAAAAAGAGUAAUACGGGGUUGGAAGGUGGAUGUAUUGCUAGGAGGAAGCACUGUUUACAGAGAAGGACCGUAGGUAUUGCCUUUCAAUUUCUUACUCAGAGAACAAACAUCAACAAAUGCAUUCCAUCAAUUAAAAUAAAAAAGAUCCCUCAGAAGACGUUGCCACAUCCCUCAUCAAAUCAGUUCUUGAGACUACAUUCCCUUAAUCACAUGAAGCAACGUUGGGCCGUUGGUGCAUCAGCACAAGUUGCUUCACCUAACCCAUGCAAAAAACCUAAUCUUUGACAUAGCUUAAUAGACUCAAGUACAAGCAGUUUAAAGUUCUGGGCAGGGAAUAGACAAGAAAAGUUCUCUUCUCCCCACCAUAGAGCCGAUGCACCAGUCUUACCUUAGAUACCUAAGAUAUGAGAGGGAAAGAGAAAACAUGACUGAAUUAAGAGCCUAGUCUUUCCUAAACGAAAAAUAACAAGAACUUUGAAAUGAACCCCGUAAUGUAAACAUGCCCUAGCCUAAUACAAUAGAAUGAACAAGGAUUUGAAAAAACACACUACGCUUGAUGUCAAAAAGGGAGGGGUGGACGGGAGACGAGAACAGCGUGGAAACAGCAAACGAAAUAAUCCCGACCCAAAGCAAUGAAAUACACCCAUCUGAGUCAAGUGACUCACACUUUCGUGCAGAAACCCAAGCUACAGAACUCUUUCUUUUCUAUUAUUCCCAAUGGCAUCAAAGAAGCACAUAAAGACUUAAGUACCAAAUUGAAGCACGAGAAUUGACACCCAAAUGCGAUACCCCUAACGAAAUCAAAUUCUACAACGUCCCUCGUGAAAUUAACUCUGAUAAUAUUUAAUUCAAUCAGCAUUUAAAGCACUUUUAUGGAAAGGAAAAAAAGAGUACAUUGUUUUCUUUUUCUUUUUUUAUUUAAAGUUGGUACAAUUUCUAGCUAUGCAUACUCAAGCUAAUUAAAACCAUCUAAUUUAAAUUACCAACGCUAAAUAAAAUAUAAAUCAAAUACAUCCGAUGUUGCUAACGUAUUCCUUGCAAAGAUCACAAGUACAAUUAAACGAUGAAAAUUCUGAGAUUUUUUUCUUGAAUAUUUGUAAAGUAGGGGAGUUCUUUAUCUCAUUUGGAACUGAGUUCCAUAUUUGGCUACAUCUGUAUGAUACGGUAUUAAAUCCAUAUAUUUUGUAAUGUGGCUCCGCUGUUUUGAAUUGGGAGUUUCUUAACAUUCAUUUAUGGAAAAUUCAUGGUGAUGUUGAGCACAUGCAAGGUUGAAUUUUUUCAUGAAAUUUCAAUCCAGAUCAACCUAGCAGUUGACAGUGUCCGGAAACUAUGGCAAUUCGUAAAGUGACCUAGAAUAACUCUUUUUAAUUUUAUUUGACAUUGUUAGUUGUUAGAAACAUUUAUUAUUUCAUUUUUGAUGCCAAUAUUAUAGUAAAUAUUGGUAUAAUGAGAUAUCAUUAAAUAGUAUCAUUAAUUAUCAUUCAAUUGACAAUGCCUAGUUCGUGAUGAAUGUUUUCUUUUUAAACCACAAUUCGAAUAGCUUCGCUCUUGAGAAAUGGUCAUACAGCUAAGUACUUUUGCUUCUUAAUAUGAUGAGAAGCAUUGGACUGGGGUUGUAACUGGAAGCUCUUGAAUGGGGAUGCAAUGGAAGAGACACUGAAAAUAAAAACAUUACGGUUAAUUUAAUUCAGCCAAAUUAUCUUUACCGAUCUAGCUCUUUGCUUGGUUGAAGAAAGUAUUGUUGCGUUGUGUCUUCAAGACCACGUCAUGAUAAAACGAUAUCAAUUCUGUCAGCAAAAUGAAAUUUUCCUCUGAACUCGAAUUCGGUACCCAUUAAAACAGUGCACUAUCUGGCUACAUUUCAAAAGAACUGCGUUCACCUCCCUGCUUUUUUGAAAUUUUGUAAUAUUACGAGCAGGCACGAAGCCAGCACUGAAAAGUUGGAUGGGCAACAGGGGCGAAGCCAAAAUGUUUUUUUGGAGGGAUAGUGCUGCCUUUUGCCGACAAAAAGGCGUGUCUUAUUCUUUUUGGGUGUGGUCAUAAAAUAAGUAACUCUAUAUGCUGUUUUUGUGUUUCUAACUUAUUAUUCAAAAUUCUAAAGUUUCAGUUUGUAUUUUUAGUGCAAACUUUGAAAUUUUAGCUGCUACAGAAAUAUUAGCACAUUACAACUGUUUCAAAAAGAUUAUAAUUAUACUAUACAGGGUGAGAAAAAAAUUAUGUGCCGACAAAAAAUAGAAAAUCAUCAAACGGCAGUGAUCUUAAUGAUUAUCUUUCAAAAUGAAUAUAGCAUUUUCUAAGGGAAAUUAGCUACGGGGCAAACCUUUGUUUAUAUAAAAAAGGGACCAUGGCCUACUGCUUAAAACAAUGGAAAGUCACGUGGGCUGCAGGGGCAAUUCCCCCCCAGUAAGUAUGUUGAAAAAGGCCUCGUUUUGCAGCUUGGCGUCUUCGUUGGGACGAAAACAAGCAUUCAACUAAAGAUAUCUUUGAUUCAACGUAGGCUGCUUGAUAUAGCCAAAGAUAGUAUUUCUGGCACUAAAGUUUUUUUCAUAACUUGGGAUCGCUUCUUAAAAUAUCAAGUGACCCAUGAUUAGAAAACUACUCAUUUGGUGAAACUUCCACAACAAUAAUGAACCUUGUUUCAUUAAUCGAAAUAAAACCAUUUUCAACACAGGGUCGGAUCCAGAGCGAAUUUAAAGGAAGGGCAGUUGGUAGUGGGGGCGCUGAAAGAUUUUCAGAAAUUGGCGACUAGUGUACGCUGUAUACAACAAUUUAAGACCCUAACUACUGACAGAAGGCUCUCUAUUCACUUUGUAAGGGAAUUUUCAAA